GCAGCCCCGGGCCGAGCCCGGGAGGCGGAGCCGCCAGGUCCCGCAGGUCUGCUCUGCCCCGCCGCGCGCGCAUAGUGAGUAGUCCUUCGGCGAGCUCGCACCGUCGGCGCGGUCCCGGAGCAGCUCUCCGCCAUCCUCCCGACGCGGAUCGCCGCAUUCCAGGCCGCUCCGCGGGCUCCCGGCGCCCCGUUCCCUCCGCGCUCCCUCCCGCGAGACCCCAGUCCGCCUAGCGCCUCUCGUCGGUGCGCGUACAGUAUGGCGCGCCCCCAGGUCCUCGCGUUCGGGCUCCUGCUCGCGGCGGCCACCGCGGCGGUGGCUGCGGCGCAGAAAGGAUGUGUCUGUGAAAACUACAAACUGACCACAAACUGCUCUUUGAACACACACGGUCAGUGCGAGUGUACUUCAAUUGGUGCACAAAAUUCUGUCAUUUGCUCAAAACUGGCAACCAAAUGUCUGGUGAUGAAAGCAGAAAUGACUGGUACAAAGUCUGGGAGAAGAGCGAAACCUGAGGGGGCUUUCCAGAACAAUGAUGGGCUCUAUGAUCCCGACUGUGAUGAGAAGGGGCUCUUUAAAGCUAAGCAGUGCAAUGGCACCAGCACGUGCUGGUGUGUAAACACUGCUGGGGUCAGAAGAACUGAUAAGGACACGGAAAUAUCCUGCUCCGAGCGCGUGAGGACCUACUGGAUCAUCAUUGAACUAAAACACAAAACAAGAGAAACACCUUAUGAUAUUCAAAGUUUGCAGACUGCGCUUAAGGAGGUAAUCACAACUCGUUAUCAACUAGAUCCAAAAUAUAUCACAAACAUUCUGUAUGAGAAUGAUCUUAUCACUAUUGAUCUGGUGCAAAAUUCAUCUCAGAAAACUCAGAAUGAAGUAGACAUAGCUGAUGUGGCUUAUUAUUUUGAAAAAGAUGUUAAAGACGAAUCCUUGUUCCAUUCCAAGAAAAUGGAUCUGAGAAUAAACGGGGAGCAAUUGGAUCUGGAUCCCAGUCGAACUGCAAUUUACUAUGUUGAUGAAAAACCACCUGAAUUUUCGAUGCAGGGUCUGCAAACUGGUAUUAUUGCUGUCAUUGUGGUUGUGACACUAGCAGUUAUUGCUGGAAUCGUUGUGCUGGUUAUCUCCAGAAAGAACAGAAUGGCAAAGUAUGAGAAGGCUGAGAUAAAGGAAAUGGGUGAGAUGCAGAGGGAACUCAAUGCAUAAUGACUAUAAUUUGAAGAAUAACUACAAGAAGGGAAGUUAGCAAACAGAUUACAAAUGUACGAACAUGAGACAAAGCGAUCUUUGAGGACUAUUGUUUUGUUAGUUAACAUCUUCUAUUUGUAAUAGUGAAACCUGUACUCAGUAUGUAAGCAGCUUCAAUUGACUUUACCAAUCUUAAAAUUUGACCACAAGUGUCUUAUGUAUGCAGAUCUGAUAUAAAACUCAGAACUUGGACUGCAGAGUUAAAAUUGUUUCUGCCUGACAUUGAGGUUGUGUACCUUAAAUAUGCUUCCACAGUAGAGGCUUAAUGACUACUGUCUCAGCCAUUUGUGAUUGAAUGCUGCCUUUCUAUUUACUCUGAGUCUUGUACAUACAAACUUUUUUUUUACAAACUGAAAUAAAACACUUUAAAACUAAA